GUACAAAAUAAGGAAAAAAUACUUCAUUAUUGUUUUUUACUUUAGCUACUUGGCCACGUAUGUUUUGAUGGCAAAUUUUGUUUUGACAUAUUCUUUGACGUCUUAUGAUUUCGUUAUAACUGUCAGUAACUGGGACCUAUUCUGGAACCAAGCAUCUUCACUUAUAAACAUUUUGAAGAAUUAAAUAAUCGGUACAUAGAAAAAGCGUUAUCGAAAUUGUAAGAUUUUCAAUUUAAUACUUUGAAAUAAGUGACAAAGAACAAUGAUACGAACACGAAAAUGCCGUGAAAACCCAAAGAUUACCACAGACUUUGAUGAUGUUGCUAGUCCAAAGCGUAAAGAUAUGAAGACCUGCAAUGUAAAAAUAGAAAUGGUUUUUGACAAGAAAACAGACAGCGUCUACAAAAAAACAACUCGAAAUAAGCGGGAAACUAGGACAGUGGAAGUUACUUCUCCAAACAUAAAGGAUUUUUUCAAAUUACAGGAACCAGAUUUAACAAAAUUGUCAGAUAAUGCGUAUGAAUCAGAAAACUUCUCCACGCCACAAAAAAUCUCGCUUCAAACGACAAAUGCAAAACACAAUACCGUUGAAAAAAGAAUUUCACCAGCUAAGAAAUAUCAUUCACCAUCUAAACCAUUGACACCUCAUCGAAUAGUUUGUAUUUCCCCAGAGAAAAAUGGAACUGAAAUUCUCGAGCAAACAGUAAAUGUAAAUGACCAUAAACGGAAUUCACGAAAUAAAAAGAGACUUGACAUGACAUCUCGUGAAAAUAGCUCUGAUGAGCUUUCAUCUGUUGCAGCUACGACACUUGAGGACAAAAAAAAAGUUCUCAAUUCUUCAGCUAACCCAAGUGCACGCCAAAAUACAAGAAAUAAUAAAGCAAAGCAAGACAAUGCCACUAAAAAACUUACAGAUUUUUUCCCCAUCCGAAGAAGCGUCAGAAAAACAAAUAAAGAAGUUCAACAAGAGCUUAUGCGUAGUUAUGAAAAGGCUAUAAUAGAACAGAGUGAAGAUGGCUUAGAAGUUAAAACGUUUGAAAAUAAAGGAAGAGGAAUUGUUGCGUCGAGAACAUUUAGAAAAAAUGAAUUUGUACUAGAAUAUGUUGGAGAAUUGAUAUCGAUAGCAGAAGCUAAUAAGAGAGAAACUCAAUAUGCAAAAGAUGAAAAUACUGGCUGCUAUAUGUAUUACUUUAAAUAUAGUGAGCAACAAUUUUGCAUUGAUGCAACUGAAGAAACUGGCAGACUUGGUCGACUAGUAAACCAUUCAAGAAACGGAAACUUAGUUACAAAAACUGUUGCAGUAAAGGGACAACCUCACCUUAUUUUGGUAGCAAAAAAUGACAUUAACCCAGGAGUAGAAUUGACCUACGAUUAUGGCGAUCGGUCUAAGGAAUCUUUAACACAUCAUCCUUGGUUAGCUUAUUAGAACAAUUUUUAUUCUCAUCUAUAGACAGAUCCUAUAUUGAUAAUAGAUACCCAGUUUUGUUUCUUAUAAGUUUUUUACCUUAAUGAUAAUUUAAAUGAAAACAUAGUUUUAGGAGAAAUUGUAUUUGGCAUAAAAUUUCUAUAAAACUGUAAAUUUAAAA